UCGCGCGCGUCACUGUCGACGACACGAUCGCCUGAGUAGCUGCCUAUCGUUGGCUUUGAUGGACGUGCUCAAGCGUCCCAGAGCGCCAUCGAGCACGUCAGUCGAAGCAGGCGCGCCUUCGAGCAAACUCACAGCACUCGGCGCUAUGCCCAGACGCAUCAUCUUUCGACCGACUCGCUCACAGGAACCCACUUGGUCAUUGGCCCCGAGAGCCAAAGAUCUACCCAUUCGGAGCGAUGAUGCCUCGGGACAACGCAUUCGGCUCAAUACUAGCCAAUCCCGACCGGAUAAUGCGUUCUAUCAGCGAGCGAUUUCGAGGCUCGUUCAGGCUGCUCGUGCCAUUCUCAAUCGACAGGUGACAAGCGAAUCGCUGCAAUCCCUCUACCAGCUUUGUCGUGGGCUCGUCUCGACGGGUCCAGAGGCCUGCCAGACACUGUACGAUCGAUUGAGGAUAGAGAUCGAACGAGCAGCUGGCGACCUCCGCAAGGCUUCCAUUGAAGACAUCCAAGCCGCACAAUCGCACGAUGGUCCUUCCUGGCUCACUUCAUUCGAAUCACGAUGGAAGGAAUAUCUCGGCACAAUCACACUGCUUCGAGACUUGUUUCUCUAUCUCGACCGCGCCUACCUGGCUGAUCAGCCAGGCUUGCUGUGGAUGUGGGAACUCGGACAAGAGACUUUCAAUCGCCAAGUGCUCGAGCAUCCGGAUAUCGUACAAGCACUGCAGCGCUCCCUCAUCGAUAACGUCAACGACGAGCGCUCUGGCAAAGAGAUCUCUCGCCGUCUCGUUGCCUCCGUCAUCACACUGCUGCAGACUCACAGUCCAGAUGCUCACCGUGCGACAUUCGUGAUGCCUUUUCUCGAAAGCAGUACCGCGUUCUAUCGGGAGCAGGCUGCAGGUGCCAUCGCCCAACUCUCGCCUGCUGCUUAUCUUGCCAAGGCUGUUCUCAUCCUGGAUGCCGAACAAGAUCGUGCAGACAAUGUUGUCGGAUCGGAGCUCAAGGCUCAGAUGGUCGCCAUUAUCGAGGAAGUCGUUCUGCGCGACCAUCUCGAUGCUCUCAUUGCUAACGGCCUGGCUACUCUGAUCGAGGCCAAUGACACUGUCAGCCUAGGCACACUUUACAGCAUAGCUGUGCGUGUGCGAGGACUCGACACCCUCAGAGCUGCCUGGCUCGCCUACAUCAAAUCCGCUGGCUUUGCGACCCUAUCUGAUCCCGAACAAGACGAAGGGAUGAUCACGCGCCUGCUCGGCUUCCGCACACGCAUCAACGAUAUUGUCGCCGGCCCCUUUACCUCCGAUCUUCGCUUCUCGCAAGCGGCAAGAGACGGCUUUGAGGAAUUUGUCAAUAAACGUCAGAACAAGCCUGCAGAGAUGAUUGCUAAAUUCAUCGAUGCAAAGAUGCGAUCCGGCUCGAAAGCAGCCAGUGAUGAUUCGCUCGAGGAGCAGUUCGACCAAGUGCUCGAUAUCUUCCGAUUCACGCAAGGCAAGGAUAUCUUCGAAGCCUUUUACAAGCGCGACUUUGCCAAGCGUUUGCUGCUCAAUCGGAGUGCAUCGUCUGACAUCGAAAAGAGCCUCUUAGCGAAGCUCAAGAAUCAUUGUGGUGCUGGCUUCACGGCAAGUUUGGAAACGAUGGCUCGCGAUAUCGACAUCUCAUCAGAUCUCAUGAAGGCCUGGAAGAUGCACGGCGAGCAACAAGGACGGUCGAAAGGCGACCUCGAACUAUCCGUCAACGUACUCACUUCAGGCAAUUGGCCCUCCUUCCUGGCUGCGCCUGUCAGAAUUGACGGAAGGAUGGCGCACUUGCUCGAUAUCUUCAAGCAGUUUUACGCCGGCAAACAUGGUGGACGCACGCUGAGCUGGCAGCAUUCCCUCGAUCAGUGUACUCUCACGGCCACCUUCCCACAGUGUGGCAAGCGCGAGCUGCUCGUCAGUCUGUUCCAGGCUAUCGUCCUGUUGCAGUUCAACGAGGUCGCAAGCGCAGCGAAGCUAUCGUACGAGGAGCUCGUCUCGCGUACCGGACUAGAGAAGAAAGAAGCUGCACGGGUAUUGCAAUCACUGGCAUGCGGCAAGUCUAGAGUACUGGUCAAGUUCCCAAAAGGCAAAGACGUCAAUGCAGGCGAUCAGUUCGCUUUCAACGAGGCUUUCAAGGACGACCACUACCGGAUCAAGAUCAACCAGAUCCAGAUGAAGGAGACUGCAGAGGAGAACCAGUCGACGACGACGCGGGUCUUCUUGGAUCGACAAUCGCAUUUGCAACUCUGUAUCGUACGCUUGAUGAAAUCUCGCAAGACGAUCAAGCACGCAGAGCUCAUCAUGGAUGUCGUCAACGAGCUCAAGGAUCGCUUCAAGGUGGAAACGCAAGAGAUCAAGAAGGCCAUCGAUUCUCUCAUCGAGCGAGAGUACAUGGAACGUGUCGAGGGAAGUCGGAACACGUAUUCGUAUGUUGCCUAGAUCGAUGCAUGCCUUUCUCAGCCGAACAACCCGUCCGGUAUCGCUUCUGUUCCGUACAAACCCCUAUGCCAGCUCUUUGGCUCUUGCCAUUCUGGCGUACCGAGCGGCAAGACCUCGAGUUCUGGAUACUCGUGUCAGCGAAUAUUACAUCCAAUGCAAAGGGG